AUGGAGUGGGAUAGCAAUUCGGAUCUUAGCGGUGAUGAAGACGACGCCGUUUCGUCCUCGUCGUUCCUUCUAAACGAUGACGUUGGACCGCUUCCUUUUCCGGUUCUUCAAACGGCACCGUGCGGGUUCGUUGUCACCGACGCGAUCGAUCCGGACCAUCCUAUUAUAUACGUCAACGCCGUUUUUGAGAUGCUUACCGGUUAUCGUGCUGAAGAAGUUCUCGGUCGUAACUGCCGUUUCUUGCAGUGUCGAGGUCCAUUCGCUAAGAGAAGGCAUCCAUUGGUGGACUCAUCAGUAAUUUCAGAAAUUAGAAAAUGUAUUGACGAAGGGGUUGAAUUUCAAGGUGAGUUGCUGAACUUCAGGAAAGAUGGAUCUCCACUUAUGAACAGACUGCGGCUGACACCUAUAUAUGGAGAAGAUGAUGAAAUAACUCAUGUCAUUGGAAUUCAGUUAUUCACAGAGGCAAACAUUGAUCUUGGUCCUGUUCUCGGUUCUACAAUUAAGGAAUCUGUUAAAUCAUCUGCUCGGUUUCAUUCUGUGCUUUCCUCACUGCAACCUCUUCCAGUGGGGGACCGGAAUGUGACCCGUGGAAUUUGUGGGUUAUUUCAAUUGAGUGAUGAGGUAUUGUCUCUCAAGAUACUUGCUCGCUUAACUCCAAGAGAUAUUGCAUCAGUUAGUUCUGUUUGUACGCGAUUGUAUGAAGUAACAAGAAAUGAAGACCUUUGGAGGAUGGUAUGCCAAAAUGCAUGGGGUAGUGAAACUACCCGUGUUUUGGAGACUGUUCCUGGUGCUAGGAGGCUUGGAUGGGGUCGACUAGCAAGGGAACUGACCACUCUUGAAGCAGCAGCAUGGAGGAAACUAACUGUUGGAGGCGGUGUUGAACCGUCACGCUGCAAUUUUAGUGCUUGUGCAGUUGGGAAUAGAGUUGUCCUAUUUGGCGGCGAAGGGGUUAAUAUGCAACCCAUGAAUGACACCUUUGUAUUGGAUCUCAAUUCUAAUAAUCCCGAAUGGCAACAUGUCCAGGUUAGCUCUCCUCCCCCUGGUCGGUGGGGCCAUACACUUUCUUGUGUUAAUGGUUCUCGUUUAGUUGUAUUUGGAGGUUGUGGAACACAGGGUUUGCUCAAUGAUGUCUUUGUUCUGGACUUGGAUGCAACCCCUCCAACUUGGCGUGAAAUUUCGGGAUUGGCACCUCCACUUCCAAGAUCAUGGCACAGCUCUUGUACUCUUGAUGGUACUAAGUUGAUAGUUUCUGGUGGCUGUGCUGAUUCUGGAGUACUUUUGAGCGAUACUUUUCUUCUUGAUAUGUCAAUGGAAAACCCUAUCUGGAGGGAGAUACCAGUGACAUGGACACCACCUUCCCGUCUGGGCCACACAUUAUCUGUUUAUGGUGGUAGGAAAAUUCUGAUGUUUGGGGGUCUGGCCAAGAGUGGUCCCCUGCGUUUCCGGUCAAGUGAUGUGUUCACUAUGGAUUUAAGUGAGGAGGAGCCAUGCUGGAGAUGUGUCACAGGGAGUGGAAUGCCUGGUGCUGGCAAUCCUGGAGGCAUAGCUCCUCCUCCUAGACUUGAUCACGUGGCUGUUAGCCUUCCAGGUGGUAGAAUUUUGAUAUUUGGGGGUUCUGUUGCAGGCCUUCAUUCUGCCUCCCAGCUUUACAUACUUGAUCCAACCGAUGAGAAGCCUACAUGGAGAAUAUUAAAUGUACCUGGGCGCCCUCCAAGAUUUGCUUGGGGACAUAGUACAUGUGUUGUUGGGGGGACAAGAGCUAUUGUUCUGGGUGGUCAAACCGGGGAUGAAUGGAUGCUAAGUGAACUGCAUGAACUUUCCCUAGCAAAUUCUGUCAUCUAG